CAUCGCGAACGACGGUGGCGUUGAACAGAGCAAACGCGGAUGAUUUCCAGCCAAGGCCUUACCAACUACUGCAGUCAAAUACACAAUUGUUUAUUUCUGAAAAUCUUCACAUAAUAUUUGGACAUGUCAUGUGCUAUGACAGAACAAAACGUUUAGGUUAGGAAUACAAUUUUUAUGAAAGGAAUGGGCGCCUCGCACUUUUUGAAUAUUGAAUUUUUUAACUCUGUUAAAGUUGCUGACGAACCGAAAAUAAAGAACUUACCGUUUGCAGAAAGUCCAUUAUAUUAUGCGCCAAUCAAGUCCUCGAAAUUAUUAUCUAAAGGAGAAGAUACUAAUAAGAUUUACGAAUUAAUUUUAAAUACACAGGAUAUAGAUUUUGAAUUCGAAGUUGGUGAUACAAUUGGAAUUUUACCAUGCAAUUCUGCAUAUGAAAUAGAGCAAAUUAUAGAAAAAUUAAAAUUGAAGGAGGUAGCAGAUAAGUUCUACAAACUUUCUGUUUCACGCGACACAUCAAAAAAAAAUCCAAAAAUCCCUCAACAUAUACCUGAGUAUGGUACAAUUAGAAACAUAUUGCAGUACCAUAUCGACAUUAGAAGUCCUCCAAAAAAGUUAUUCCUGCAAACUUUAUCCAGUUACACCAAAGCAGAAGAAGAAAGAAAGAACAUUAUUUUUUUAUGUUCAAAAGAAGGAUCAACAAAGUAUACAGAAUUUAUUUCAAAUAAUAUUGGUCUUCUUGAUUUGUUAAACAAAUAUCCAUCCUGUUGUCCUCCAAUAACAGCAGUUUUGGAGCAUCUUCCUUCAUUACAGCCAAGACCAUAUUCAAUUUCCUCAUCUCCAUUAAUUGAAAAUCAACUUCAUAUAACAUUUUCUGUAAUAACUUUUGAUAAUGGCAGAAAAGGUGUUUGUACAGGUUGGUUGGAAAGUCUCAUAAUAAGCGAUAGUGAAAAUAUUGAGACGAAAUUUGGCUCUUUAAGUUUAAACAAUUCAUCAAUUGUUAAAGAACUUGUGCCAUUUUACUUCCGAAAACCAAAAAUGAGAUUCCCAAAAGAUCCUUCAACUCCUAUUAUAAUGAUAGGACCUGGUACAGGAGUAGCACCCUUUGUUGGAUUUUUACAAACCAGACUUUUGCAGAAAGUGAAUGGUCUCACGUGGCUAUUUUUCGGCUGCAAGUACUGCGAUAAGGACUUCAUAUUCAAACAGCAGCUUCACGAUUUCAAAGAAAAGGGAACAUUGACUAAAUUGUUUACCUGUUUUUCAAGAGAAGAUGAUAGCAAUAAAAAGUACGUUCAAGAUUUAAUAAUGGAAAAUGGAAAAGAAUUUGUUGAAUUAGUUGACAAAGAUGGGGCUGUCGUUUAUGUGUGUGGAGACGUAAAAAAUAUGAUGAAAGAUGUAAAGUGUGCAAUCAUAAAAUGUUUUGUUAAAUUUAAAAAAGAUUUUAAUGAUGAUGAAGAAAAGGCCUCAAAGUUUGUUAAAAGUUUGCAGGAUAGUUUUAGAUACGUAGAAGAUUCAUGGAUUUAAUUUGUUUUUGUCUUACGAUUAGUAUACCUAUAUCUAAAUUAUACUUUGUUUUUUAAUUAAAAGCUGAAUAAAUAAUCUGUAAAUUUUA